GCGCACAGCGGCGCUUAGCAGCGGUGAUGUUGGGAGGAAUUGUUCGUAUCUUCAGUGUCCAACCGAGGUGUGGCCGUGUCGGAUUUUCUUGCUGGUUACUCUCCUUCCUGAUCGGUGUGUUGGAGUUCUUGGCGUUGACAAACAGCAUCGAGGCCCUGACCCACCGCAAGUGGGGUGCGUCCCAUCGUCCCGUCCUGGUUGGCCCUAUGGCAUCGGCUAUCAGACGCAAGUUGCUCGCGAUGGGCUUGCUGCGUGAUUUCCCAGCCUUGCGGUCCGUACGGCGUAUACGUACUUUACCGUAUGCUGGAAUGUCGAAUUCCAAUUCUCAAUGAAGAUUCACGGUUAGUGGCAUGAGAAAACUCGGGAUCCAAGGCACUGCAGACUGUAGGGGACCACUUUGCGCCUGCCGAUUUGCUGGCCGACGAAACCCAACGGAGACCUAGACGUGGCGUUCGAUAGUCACUUCUUUCCCCUGCUGUAACCUGUAGUGUCAGCUCGACAACUUUAACCUGCCCCGAACCUCCAAGAAGACGAAGGAGGUACAGUAUGAUGGUGUUGGAGGAGUACUCUGUAUCGAGACUGCUAGUGUAUUACGGGACUCAAUGUUGAGACUCGAAUUUGGGCACCGGUCAAUGACGUCACCCGCAACGGAUGUUGUCAUUUGCAUUUGAAUUGAUGAG